UUGUUACACGGGUGGCUUGAACGAGCGUGUGUUGCAUGGUAACCGCAGUCAGGUACCUUAGGGCUACUCGACAGGAAGCGGGCGGUUCUCAGGGAGGAAGUCGCCGUAAGAGGAAAUUGGGAAAGGGGACAUUAUGUGUGCCCCACAAAGUAGGUUAGUGACAAGUUGGCUGUCGGUGUGGAGGUGAUCUCGUCCGUCAGCAGCCAUGUCCAUCGUCAUUUCCUUUGAUUAUGGCGACUACGCCGACGUGCUGAACAACUCGCACGGUGGCACGAAUGGGUCUCCGUUUGUGGUGGAUCCUGACACGCUGUCAUGUGAGGCGCGGCCGGCGUUGGAGCAGGUGAGCGCGGCGGUGUUGUGUGUGCUCCUGGCCGCCAUCUUCCUGCUGGCCGUGCCCGGCAACCUACUAGUGGCACUUGUGAUGGCACGCAGCUGGCGCUCGCUGACAGCGUCCGAUGUUUACCUCUUUCACCUGACGGCGGCGGACGGCUUGAUGGCGCUGAGCAUCCCCUUCUGGGCGGCGGCGCUCAAACACGGAUGGAUCUUCGGCGACGGUGCCUGCAAGGCGCUCAGCCUCAUCUUCGAGGCCAACGUCUACGCCGCUAUCCUUUUCCUGGCCUGCAUCAGCGUGGACCGCUACCUAGCCAUCGUGCGCACUGACCGGCCGCGGAAGAGUUGCAGCCGGCUGGUCUGUGGUGCUGUGUGGGCGCUGGGCGCCGCGCUGGCACUCCCAGCACUCUUUAAUGAUGCCGUGAGGCCCGACCCCGACUCUGAGCGAAUGGCUUGCGUGGAGACCUUUGACUUGGGCAGUGCCGCCGCAUGGCGCUUGGCUACGCGAGGCUUGCGCCACAUCCUGGGCUUUGCGCUGCCGCUGGGCAUCAUGCUGGCGUGCUACGGCGCCACGGUGGUGCGCCUACUGCGCACACGGGGCUUCCACAAGCACCGUGCCAUGCGGGUCAUUGCGGCCGUGGUGGUGGCCUUCCUCUUCUGCUGGACGCCGUACCACGUGGCCAUGGUGGCCGACACGCUGCUUAGGGCCGAGCUGAUCCCCUUCGACUGUGCAUCGCGGCACUCUGUCAGCGUGGCCCUGACGUUCACAAACGGGCUGGCGCUGCUGCACUGUGGCGUCAACCCGCUGCUCUACGCCUUCGUGGGAGAGAAGUUCCGCAAGAACGCCAAAGCGCUCCUUGGCGGGAAGACGCGAGGGGAGUGGUCCUCUGUCUUCAGCAGGUCCACGUCGCAGACUUCCGAGGGGCGCAGCGCUGUGGCCUGAAAUGCUCCUUCUCCAGAACCGAAAAACCGUGUCUAGUAAUUGGAGAAAAUCCAAUAAAACUUUGGAAACCGAUGACUCUAAGAUCAUUGACAAAGUAGAAAACUCCUCCAAAAUAAAUCUAAAAAAAAAAAUUCUGAAUCAACCCAAAUAGUGUUGCGCCAAUACCGUUUUAGGGCUUCCCAUAGAUUCUGUAUCUAGUAUCAGCCAAUAUCACCCCCCUUUUACUAGUAAAUUACUGCAUACUCAAACAUAAAGUUAUUGCUAUCAUAGCUUGGUCAGACACUGCUUAACUCACUGUCUGCCAUCAACGGCGCUAGUCGUCCAAUCAAUCCAUUUGAAGUUGAAGGGCUGGCUACCCUCCCGGUUACGUCUUCUCAUGAUAAAUUCCAGUGGAAUUAACGGCAGAAGCAUGAGAUGACUGGUCAUCACCCCUACAAAACUGCCUCAGGUUAGUCAUGCGGUAGAAGCGACAGUCCCAUCAAAGUCAAUGCAUUGACAUUAAAACAAAGACAUAACUAGCUUAUUUUUUAACCCGUUUUAAAAACAUUAUUUUAGCUAUGUCAAAGCAUCUAGUAUUUACUAAAUGGCUGCGAAUCCAUUUGAAGUGGGAGGGCAAAAUCAACAGGAAGUGUCGUGAAAUUGAAGCUAAAUCAACAAGUGGCGCAAAAAGAUCAGGUAGUGAUUUGGAUAUUGAAGCUAAUUCAAUGAGUAGCCUAAAAUGAUCAGGAAGUGAUCUAGAAUGCCCUAAAAUUAACAGGAAAUAAAAAAAAAUGCUAAAUAAUCCUUUCUGGUAGCCCUAAAGGAUACAGGUUUGACUUUUCCACUAAAGUCACCGAGAACACUGGAGUCCACACGAAGUCCAGUUGAGGGAAUGGUUGGCAAAGGAGUCGUUUGAGGAUUGCCCAGCUAAAGAAGAGGUGACAAUAGAACUAUCAGUCUACUGAGAAAAAACACCCUGAAUGCUGUCAAUACCUUGAAUUGGAUCGAGUGCACCUGCUGCAUCAUCUCGGUCUUGCUCACGUUUGCUAAAAUGACAUUAACCGUCACAUUUGCCAGAAUUCCUCUGUCUGUGUACACGAUGACAAACUCCACCUGGAAAAGCACAGAAAGAUGAGCAUUUACAGCCAGUUCUCCCAUUUUAACCCUUUCAGGGACCGUGUUCACUACUAGAGGUCGACCAAUAUGGGAUUUUCAAAGGCCGAUGAUGAUUUGUCUUCAGCCAAUGUAUAGAGCCGUAAGCAUGUUGAUUAUGAUAGACAAGUGAAAAACUCAUUGUAUAAAAUUUAUAGAGGUCAAACGACAGAAGACUUUAAAGAUCGGCUAUCGACCGAUAUGAUAGGAUAAUUGUUAUGUGCACUGUUUCUGUUUAAGUAAUGAUCUUUCUUAUGAAGUUCGACUGAUAACUGGCCGGCCAAUUUGUGGACUUUUUUUCCAAGAUCGGCCGAUAUAAGCCGAUAUAAUAGGAUAACUGUUAUAUUUACCGUUUGGGUGAUAUCUGUUGUUUUGCGCUGACUAGUGGCCAGUAUGAAGUAUAAUUUAACUUCAAAUAUAUGUACAAAUGUAUACGGCGGAAAACAGACAAGACUGAAAAAGCAGUUUCUGCUCUUGCACCCUUCUUUGAAAUAAACUGC